GUUGGAAAGGCACGAUUCCGAGGGGUUCCUGAAGGCAGCAGCAGCUGAAGCUCCAGCGGAAAUAAAUCCCAACAGAUGUGACCAUGAGCGACACAAAAAGUCCGGUGACACUGAAAAUAAUCCUCAUAGGAAACUCCGGGGUGGGAAAGUCCUCCUUCAUGAACAGAUAUGUGAAUCACCGCUUCACCAACAUGUACCGGGCCACCAUAGGCACUGACUUCCUCUGCAAAACAGUCACCAUAGACGGGGACACAGUCAACCUGCAGAUCUGGGACACAGCGGGUACAGAAAGGUUCCAGUCUCUGGGGACACCUCUGUACAGAGGAGCCCACUGCUGCAUGCUGGUGUUUGAUGUCACAUCCAGAGCCAGUUUCUCUGCCCUGGUGGAGUGGAGGAAGGAGUUUCUGAUCCAGGGCGAGCCCCAGGACCCAUCCGACUUCCCCUUCAUUGUAGUGGGCAACAAGACUGACCUGAGCGACAGGGAGGUGUCUGGCAGGAAGGCCCUGCAGUGGUGUGAAGAAAUAGGAGCAGAGUACUUUGAAGGAAGCGCAAAGGAGGAUCUAGAUGUGGAAAAGUCAUUUCUGAGAGCGGCUCAGAGUGGCUUACGACAGUACAAAAAACACACAUUGGAAAAUACAGGACAUUUCCAGAUAACCUGCAAACAGCCGAGAGAAACUCGCAACACCUGUGAGUGCUGAGAGCAGCACUCGUCCCAGUGUGGGAGGGAAAAGUUCAGAGAGACCUCGACACUGCUGAUGAUGACCUAUCUAACAAGGGUGCAAAAAUAGUGACCCAGCAAAGGUACUGUGGAAGGAAAGGACACAAUUGUAUACCACAUGGAGAGAGGAACAAACUCAUUAAAUGUUUUUUUCUUUUUUUGAGAACCUUCAGCUUAUGGUCUAACUUAAGGCAUCACUACUAAAAUACACUGCUUUUGCAUGCAUGUCUAGUUUUGUUCAACAGACACACUGACACACACAAAAAUUAUGAAUGCAUAUGAAGAGAAAGUUCAUUUCUAGAAAGAAAUCGGGAGAAACCACAAACGGAAGCCAAGGCGCCAGCCGGAGAAAAGGCGGCAAGCGAACACCUUGGCUCUGAUCUUCCUGGCCGUUACCAUCACAACUGAAUCCGCCCUUACAAAGUAGAUAUACACUCAUGUCCGGUCAGAAACCUCCUCCCUGUACAAAUCCUUGUAUUGUAAUGAACCUAGCAGUGAUUCAGACUCCUACAGUGAAUCAGCUUGACAGAAGCAAAUUAGAACAAUCAGGGAGACUAUAUAUAUUUAUAUAUAUAUAUUUGUUUCUUUUAUAAGUAAAGACACAAAAGGCAAUCAAGAGAUGACCAACAUGUAAAAACAGUUUGUUACAGGUAAUUAUAUAAAAGGCCAAGAUGUUUUUUUUUUGUUUGUUUUAUUCUUGCUCUAUGAACGAACUAAUUUACAAGUGAGUACACUCCGGCUAUGUAAGCUUUCUUCCCAAGACAUCCCCAUUCAAAGACAUACGGGUUUACACAUCACAGUUAGCUUGCACACCAUCUGUAGUCUGAAAUACAGAGCCGUGGAAGGAAAAAAACAAAUUAAAAUUUAUUAAAUGGAUUCACAUACAUCAAUAGGAUAGGGAAAAUAUGUCUACUAAUAUAAUUUGCCAUUCUAAAAAUUAAAGAAGAGGUUAGACACCACAUUCAUGAGCAUAAAAAGCGUAGGACAACUGAUAGGGAUAUCAGGGGAAAAGGUAUGAAAAGAUCUGAUGUUGUUUUCCUCAUACCCCGUGAAAUUCCAUGUUUGGCAAACAAAGCAACACAAGCAUUGAGUAGUAAACAAAGUAAAAACUCUCCUCUCCCUGGGUCCACUUCAAAGUUCCCUUCAGUCCUAUAACCUCUGCAGGUUCUACUUGGAACAAAUACAAAAGUCUUUCUCUCGUUCAUAACCACCUGUUAACAACAAGAACAUACAACCAACUGAAUGAAGAUUUUUAAAAAUAUAGUGGCAACCUCAACACAGCCACCGGUCUUCCCACGAACACAAACUAUGGGGAUGAACAACAGUUAAAAAAAGUGAUGUUUUUAAAAAUGCACACAACAUACACAUACACACAGGAGAAAAAAAAAGCUUAAAAAAUACAAAAAUAAACUACACAAAAGAUCUUCUGCGUCAUUGCUUGCUAAUUUUUUGGGAAGAUUUUGCAAGAUUUUUUUUUUGUGUGCUGCAAGUCUCAGUCCUAGCAAAGUCUGUCAUUCAUUCUCUACAAAUCUCUUCGUCGUCUUUUUUUUUUCUUUUUGUCCACUUUGAAGUGUCGGCAACCAGUCCUCAUCUUGGGGUAAAAAGCACACAGUGAUGACAUUACCAGGAGACUGGAGUCCAGUACGAUGACUACAGACUUGGUUCUUGAUGAAGCAAAUUUGAGCAAAAAGGAAAGGAAAAAAAAAAUUAUGUCCUCUGUUGCUGAGGACAAGUGCUUUAUUUGUAUCCAUACCGAUGUUUCCUCUCAUCUAAGCUAAUGCCUCCACAGCCUUUUUCAACACUGUACAUCAUUUUGUGUAGUCUCUCUCUACAUCCCCCCAGGAUUCACAAAACAGAGACAAAAAAAAAAAAAAAAA